CUAUUUGCAAAUGCGGCGGCACUGCUCCCUAGGAGCUGACUUGGAGUCGGAGACUCGGAAUCGCCAUCUUCCCAUUUUCCGGUUUCUCCUUCCUUCUAUAUCUUUGUUCCCUCUCUUGCAAGCUUCUCUCUGAUGUCUAUGGCAAAACGGUUCAGGUUAGUUGUGAUAGUCGUUUGAAACUUUGAGGCGAGUCAUGAUCCUUAAAAGUGUCACCCCACCGUCUGCGCUGCUCUCAGUCAAGCCCCAUCUCCUUCGAACUCCUUGCCUUCUUCCGUUGUUCAAUGUCAGAGCAUUACAUUUGAAGAAAAAAGCGAACCUGCGAAGGAUCAGGGAUUUCAAAUGCAGAGCAGAGUUUUCUGAGGACGCCCCUUUUGCGGUUGCAAUCGGAGCUUGUGUUCUCAAUUCUCUGAUUUUCCCGGUCUCUGGUGUUCCUCAAGAUGAUGAAAACUCUGCUAUCGAUGCUACUGAUGCGAGGUUUGCUGUAAUGGGGAUCAUAAGCUUCAUACCCUACUUUAAUUGGCUGAGUUGGGUUUUCGCUUGGCUUGACACUGGUAGACGGCGUUAUGUGAUCUACUCCAUAGUAUACUUGGCCCCUUACCUCAGAACGAACUUGUCGCUUUCUCCUGAGGAGAGCUGGCUGCCAAUUGCUAGCAUCGUCUUCUGCAUUAUUCACAUUCAGCUUGAGGCAAGCAUUAGUAAUGGAGACCUUCAGGGCUUCCAACAAUUUGGUGCAGCUCUAAAGUCUCUCUCAUCGAUGACCAGGCAAAAGGAUGUUUCUUUUGAGGAUCAUCAAGGAUCUCCAGAGAAGGGAAGGGAAAAAGAAAAAAUGAAUCCGCCCUCUGCCGGAGAAAAAUCAAGUAAUGAGAUUCAAGGACAGAGAAGAGUUGACAGAAAGCCACUGGAUGAACACCGACACCCAGAAGAAAAUGGUGACUCGAAUGAUACAAGUAUCGACUAAGACAAGUGUGGGAGGUGCACGGUUGUGAGGGAUGCAAUUUAAUGAAUAUGCAUUGCUUUGUUAGGUUCAUGAGGUAUUUAUCUCCAUUAAGGGAGUUUUUGGAUUGAUUAUAGUCAUUGAUGACACUGGGUUCACCUCAAAUCUCCUGGAAGGUACUGUAUGCCAUCAACCAUAAAGAACCAUUUUGAAUUUGAGAAGAGGAGCGAGGCCUGUAAAAUAUUUUGUUAUUGAUCCAUGCAAUCAAUUACUUUUACAAAA